UUUGAUGAACACCAGAUAUAUGGACGCGCGUGCCCUAAGUUUCCUAUCGACCGAUGUACGGAACUAUCUAACCAGCGCCCGUCUGACAUGGCGCCCAUGUAAAUGAAAUCCAAAAUCGUUCCGUGUUGCAAUUGAAGAGAAAACGGGCAAUCAAGUUUAAAAAGUGAAAAUGGCGAUGUCAAAUCUUUACUCGAAAAUAUCAACGAAGCCAAUGAAACGGUUCCAGGACAACGUCACAGUCAAACAGACUAAUCCAUGGUUAAACGCGGAAUCACUGAUUCCUGUAUCAGAUUCACCACCUACUGUAAGCCCAUUAUCUUCUUCCAUUGUAUUACAACGUGAAGGAACGAUAAACCAGCCACUUAGUGCACCUGCUUCACCUUUGUCUUCCUUAUCAUCCCCUUUAACUCAAUUGAAUUUGUCAUCACCUGAAGACUGUACACAAGAUCCUAAUUGGCAGGCAACAAAACCUACAGUUCGUGAACGAAAUGCUGCCAUGUUUAACAAUCAUUUAAUGGCUGAUAUUAUAUUUAUUGUUGGCAGCCCAGGUCACAUACAAACUAUACCAGCACAUAAGUAUGUAUUGGCCACUGGUAGUUCUGUAUUUUAUGCCAUGUUUUAUGGUGGUCUAGCAGAGAAUAAAAGAGAUAUAGAAGUACCAGAUGUAGAGCCUGCUGCUUUUCUUGCUCUAUUAAGGUAUAUGUACUGUGACGAAGUACAAUUAGAAGCCGACACAGUGUUAGCAACACUCUAUGUUGCUAAAAAAUAUAUAGUCCCUCAUUUAGCAAGAGCAUGUGUUAAUUAUUUAGAAACAAGUUUAACAGCAAAGAAUGCAUGUUUACUUUUAAGUCAAUCUCGUUUGUUCGAAGAACCAGAUCUUAUGCAACGUUGCUGGGAAGUUAUAGAUGCUCAAGCAGAAAUGGCGCUAAGAUCAGAUGGUUUUGUGGAUAUUGAUAUCCACACUCUUGAAUCAGUGCUUUCUCGAGAAACAUUGAACUGUAAAGAGAUACAUAUAUGGGAUGCUGCAUUAAGAUGGGCUACUGCAGAAUGUAUUCGGCAAGAACUUGAACCUUCAUCAGCAAAUCAAAGACGACUAUUAGGAUCUGCUUUAUAUUUAAUUAGACUUCCUGCUAUGAAUUUGGAAGAAUUUGCCAAUAGUGCUGCUCAGACUGGAAUCUUAACACAACAAGAAACAAUUGAUGUUUUUUUGCAUUUCACUGCUAGUAAUAAACCUCAACUUUGCUUCCCUACCAAACCUCGACAAGGUUUAAAAACUCAAGUGUGUCAUAGGUUUCAGUCAUGUGCAUAUAGAUCAAACCAGUGGCGCUACAGAGGCAGAUGUGACUCAAUUCAAUUUAGCGUCGAUAAAAGAAUAUUUGUUGUUGGUUUCGGACUUUAUGGAAGUUCAUCUGGUGCUGCAGAUUAUAAUGUUAGAAUUGAACUUAAAAGAUUGGGAUGUGUUUUAUCUGAAAAUAGUACGAAAUUUUUUUCGGAUGGCUCGAGUAGUACGUUUCAUGUAUAUUUUGAGAAUCCAAUCCAAAUCGAGCCAGAAUGCUUUUAUACAGCUAGUGUAAUAUUAGACGGAGGCGAGCUAAGUUACUUCGGUCAAGAAGGAAUGUCAGAGAUAACAGUUGGUAAUGUAAAUUUUCAAUUUCAAUGCAGUUCAGAAAGUACGAAUGGUACUGGUGUACAAGGAGGGCAAAUACCCGAAUUAAUUUUUUAUGGACCACCAGUAGAUGACUGAUGGAAAUUUACCACAGAAAUAAUGGUUUAACUGCUGGUCUCUAAAAAUAUGUACCUUGACAUUGUUCAAGAUUUUGUAUAAUUGUUUUGAAUACUAUUUUUAAAUCGACGACGAAUAUUGUGUAAUAGAUGCACUCUAAACAAUAUUAAAUAUUUAUAUUUUGAAUUUAGUAUAAAAUCAUAAUGAACAGUUUGCAGGAAACAUUAUGAUUUUAUUUCUAUCAUUAUCACUCUAUUAAUCAAAUAUAAAAAGAAAUGUCUUUGUUUUAAUUCAAAGACUUGUAUCAAACUUUCUGUUUUAUAAUACAUGGAAUAUAAAUAUGAAUAAUUUCAUAAAAAUUUAUUUUCGUAAAAUAAAAGUCAAAUAUGUAUAUAAAAACUAUUAUUUGCUUUUAUAUUAAAUAAUAAGACAGUAUUAAACUAAGGAAAUAAAUAGAUUACUAUAUUUAAAUUAAAAUUAAAUUUUAAAUUUACAUUUUUGCAGAAGAGUGUGUCUACUACAACUUUUGAUGUAUUCAUAUUUAUGCUUUUUUUCUUCCGAAAAAAUAUUACAUUUCUUAUAUAACUUAAAUACUUGAGACAUUAUUUGUAAAUAUGCAACAAGUGAAGUAUAUAAAAUACUUGUUAGAUUUGAAGAAGAAGAAGAAGAUGUAAAAACGAUCUUUAAAUUGAUAGAAAACAAUUGAGAAAGUUAAUAAGUGCUAUUUAAAAGGAUUUACUAUCUUAAAAAUCAUUGUUAAAUAAUAAUAUAAAGGAAUAAGCAAAGAUCAAUUAAUUUUGGAAACUAUAUUGUUAUCUCGACUAAUUAAUUCUCAAUUUAAAAAUACUAAUAUAUAAACUAUAAUUUUUUUUAAUUGAAAUGCUUUAAAAUCUUAAAUGAACAAUGUACAUUAUCGUUUUAUGGAGGAGAAUAUACUGUUUUUACUAACAUAAUAAUAUUGAUUUAAUGUUGCAUUCAUAUAUCAUGUAUUUUAAAAUAUACUAUACUUAUUGGAAAGCAUCAUAAGCAAUUUUAGAAUAGUAUUAUAAUUGAAACUGCCUAUACAAAAUAAUAUUUGUUUUUUAUUGUAACAUUAUUAUUUUGUUUUUUGUAUCAUAUUCAUAAGAAAGGAGAUACAUUUUACUUUCUUAGAUUUAUUGAUUCUUUAAUAUAUGAAGUUAUGUACUGCAAAAAAUGAUUGCUAAACUAUUAGAAGGAAUGUUUAAAUGUAGAUCCUUAAAGCAAAAUAGCGUUUUUGUAUACAAUAUAAAAAUCACAACAAUACUUUACAUGUACAUUCUACGAUAUUUUAAUCAUGUUUAUAUAAUUUUAUAAUUUACUAUAAUCUAUGUAAAAAGUAGAAAAAUAUUCUAGUAUAGUUUCAAGAUAAGGUAUAUACUAAUUAUAUAUAACUAUAGCUCUCUUACUUUUUUUAUAAUAAACAUUAUAUUGUAUCCAGUAAUGCUAUAGAAUCUGGCGCCAAAGUCUACAUUGCAAAAUAGUAAAUACUAUUUAAAGAAGUACAAUGGAUUGCAAUACCAAUAAUAAUAAAAUGUACAAAAUAAUGCCUUCCUAUUACUAGUAUGACUGGCUGGUGCCAAAAAAAGGAACAAGUAAAUUUUGAGAGCAUCUCUGUCUUAAGAUUGGCAUUAAAAAAGAUAUUAAUUAUAUCAUUAACUUCUAAAACAAUAUUAAAAUAUUUAGUGAACAAUUUUAGUUUGGAUUUAAGUUAGAUUAAUUUAUUAUUAAUAAAUAAGAGAUUUAGUUUUGUAUUCUCCAUUUUAGAUACUUGAUAUUAUUUAAAAUCAAAAAAUUAUUUAACAUUACAAUAUAAAAUAUGAAAAGUGUAAUUGAAAAUGUCUACACAAGCAAUAAAUUUAAAGAAAUGUAAAAAUCUUACAUAGAAAUAGUCAUCUUAUAUUAUACUUUUAUGUAUUAAAUUACUUCAGAUUUCUUGAUUAUUAGUAAUAUACGGAGUGAAUAAAAAACUUGAAUACGACUUUAGGAGCAUGUAGUAUUCAGCAAAAAUUUUUAAUAAACAUGGGUUCAAAAACUAUUAAUUUCGGAGUUACAAAGUUUUUUGUCAGUAAGAUAUUAUCUUUACAUCAUAUGCUCAAUAUAACCCCUGUACAAUUCAGCAUACACUUUAGCAUAUUUUCUUACAGAAAUACAUAUACGUUUAAAAAGCAUUUUCCUUAUCUCGUGGUUUUGGAUUUUACGGAAGUGAACUUAAUAUCUUUUGGCAACAAAGCAACUAAACAUCUUGUAACUUCGAAAUUAACGGUUUUUGACCCAUGAUUAUUAAAAGCUUUUUGCUUAUAAUGAUGAAUAUUACAUGUUUCUAAGGUUUCUAUCCUCAGCUUUUACAGUAUCCUCAAUUUUUCUGUACAUCUUGUAUACUAUAGGGCUAAAUUCUGAAUUAAUAUUUCAUGCUAUUACUAUUAAAAAACUGAAUGCAUGUGAAGACACAAAUGUUAUAUUUAAUACUUAGAGAUAUUUCAAAUAUGAACAAAUUUUUACUAUAGUUAAUCAAGUAUUUAAUUUUGUAUUUUUUCAAAUUUAACAUUUAAUACAACGAUAAUGUAAGUAAGAAAUCACUGUUUAUAAUCUUUUUCAGUGGUAAUAAAUGUAACAAUAACUGUUGUUUCUGAUAAAAGUACCUUACGAAAUAAGAAAAUUUAUAUCUGAAGAAUAAAACAUGUCAAUCUAAUUAAUUGUAAA